ACGAAAAGCAUGGUCAAUGAAGACAGCUGAUUUGCAAUUUACGCUGGUAACAAACAUUUGGUUUUAGGUGCUGGAAUCUGGUCGCAAGGUGCCUUAAGCUUACAAGCAUGUUUAAGUUUAAUUUUGAAGUUGAAUUGGACUCCUCUGAAGAUCCAGAUUCCGUUAAAAGUCCCAUAUUUGAUAACGAAGGGGAUUCUAAAGAACCUGAACCGGGAACCAUAAAGAACGUAGAUUGGUAUAAGGCGGAAGAAGUAAAGCCAACCGAUAACUUAAUUUCCACAUUGGAUUACUAUGAGCUGAAUGCUAAGGAAAUAAAACUGGGAAAUACAAUUAUAAAACACCUUGUGGCCGGUUUUUUGCUGGAAGAUAUAAAGUCCCAAUCAAAUCUGGAAGAUCUCGAUAUCAGAAAAUCUGAGGAAAACCAUUCUGAUCUUAUAGCUGGGGUGUACGAGGGCGGUGCCAAGAUAUGGGAGUGCACAGACGAUCUUCUAAUAUAUCUAUCCGAAAAGCUUGAGAACUCAUUUUGGAAGGGUAAAAGAGUUCUGGACUUGGGUUGCGGUUCCGGAUUACUAGGGAUAUAUGCCCUUAAAAACGGUGCUCAAGUCGAUUUUCAGGACUAUAACAAAGAUGUUUUGGAAUACAUUACAUACCCAAACAUCCUGUUAAACUUAGAAGAAACUCUAACUGACGAUGAAAAGUUGGAGUUUUUGGACAAAAAUACAUGCUUAUACGCUGGAGAUUGGUUUCACUUCACUCAACUAACAAUCGACGUAGAAAAAUACGAUCUAAUACUUACAUCAGAAACAAUCUACAAUAUUGAAAAUCAGCAAAAGUUGUUAGAAACCUUUGCUGGUCGUUUAAAAUCGGAUGGAAUCGUAUUGGUAGCUGCCAAAUCUCAUUAUUUUGGAGUAGGAGGUGGCUUGGAACAAUUUUCAGAUAAGAUCAAGCUGGGAAAGGUUUUUCAAAGUGAAAGUGUUUGGCAGGCAGACAAAAAUUUAAAAAAGGGGGAUUUUGCAAUUAAAAUUUAUAUAAAUUAUAUUAAAAAUGUUUUUGGCCUCCACAAUUGAUAGAGGAUAAUAAAAUCGAGAUUUGAGGAUGACCCACGGUCUAAUUUCAAAUAUGAAAAACACAA